GGGCUUGUCUGAGAAGACACUUGGCGAUAUUCACUACCAGCCUAUAGCCAUGGACUGGACUAGAGAGAGCUAUACUACACCUGGAGCAUGACUGAGGCCCUGUGUGUACCAACCUAGAGGUACCACCCAUCAUCACAAAAACAACUGGAACAAGUUGUCUCCUGUUUGAAUAAAUAUGUCUGAAAAAUCCUCCAAACUUCCCUUUCUCUUCCCUCAACGUGUUCUGGAGGCUGAAAAGAGUUAGAAAAAUAAGGUAUUUGCUGCUGAUGUGCUAAAAUAGUGAGGGAGAGACCUCAUCGUGGAGAGGCAACCUGGCCAGGUCAUGGGAUGUGGCUUUGCAAAAUCAGACAAGCUGAAGAAACGCGACAGAGAAACCAGCCUCUUAGUCCCAGCUGCCACAGCAAUGAGGGCAGCUCUCCUAAUCCAACGUUGGUACCGUCAGUACGUGGCACGGCUGGAGAUGAGACGCAGGUGCACCUGGAACAUCUUCCAGUCCAUCGAGUACGCAGGAGAGCAGGAUCAGAUUAAGCUCUACAACUUCUUUGGCUACCUCAUGGAUCACUUCACUCCAGCCAGCAGUGAGCGGAACCUGAUCUCACACAUCUUCCGUGAGAACAACAUCUGCCGUAAUGUAGAUUGGGAGAGGUACUUCUGCUACAAGAGCAUUGAGGUACCAAAGCUGUACUCUGGUCCCCAUCUCUCUUUCCCCAUAACAUGUUCCAAUGCAGCUGAGCUGGUGGAGGCCUUCAAGAACAAACAACAGCUCCAUUCUCGCUAUGUCCUUCAGCUCCUUGGGGAGACCUGGAGGCUGCUGAGGAUCCUCCCCAACAUCAGUCAGAUCUCCACCUGCCACAGCAAGGAGAUCACCAUCUGUGGAGACUUACAUGGGCAUCUUGAGGAUCUUUUGUUGGUCUUCUACAAGAAUGGUUUACCAUCAUCUGAGAAGCCUUAUGUCUUCAAUGGAGACUUUGUGGAUCGAGGAAAAGAUUCCCUGGAGAUCCUCCUCAUCCUGUUUUCCUUUCUCCUGGUCUAUCCUAAUGAUGUCCAUCUGAACAGAGGCAACCACGAGGACCAUAUCGUUAACCUAAGAUAUGGCUUUACCAAAGAGGUGCUUGGAAAAUACAGGCUUCAUGGCAAGAAGAUUCUAAAGCUUCUCCAGAAGAUCUUUAGCUGGUUGCCCCUGGCGACAGUAAUUGACAACAAGGUGUUGGUUCUGCACGGCGGUAUCUCAGACACCACGGACCUUCACCUCAUAUCCAGGGUGGACAGACACAAAUAUGUUUCAGCUCUCCGGCCUCCCAAGAGGAAGAGGCAAAACAGGUCAGGUAUGACGGACUCCGAUCUAGAAGACGAUGACCCAACCACCAAGCCUGUGGACAGCAGCAGGCGCCGGGUCCACUCCCUGACCCACAGCAGCAGCACAGGGACCAGGCAUGAGGUCCAGCGUCGCUCCCUGCAGGGCCUGAACAACAGGGUGACCUGCUCUGUAGAAGAGGAGCUGAAGGAGAGACGCAGGCAGGCCGGACUUAGCCAGUCCUACGGAGACCUCCGUAACUCCCUGGCUAACUCUGACUCUGACCCAGACUCUGGAGAGCUGCUGGAGUCGUACGGGGACGAGUGGAAACAGAUUGUAGACAUGCUAUGGAGUGACCCCAUGCCCCAGGAUGGCUGUGUCCCCAACGAGGUGCGAGGUGGAGGAUGUUACUGGGGUCCUGAUGUGACAGAAGAGGUCCUGCAACGUCACAACCUCACGCUGCUUAUACGCUCCCAUGAGUGCAAGCAAGAGGGCUACGAGUUCUGCCACAACCGCAGGGUCCUAACCAUAUUUUCUGCAUCUAACUACUAUGAGGUGGGAAGCAACAGAGGAGCGUACAUCAGGAUGGGUCCUGACCUGGUGCCUCACUUCAUCCAGUACCAGGCCAACAGGGCUACCAGGGCGCUCACACUGAGACAAAGUGUUGGGCGGACUGAGCGUUCAGCUCUCAGGGCUUUGAGGGAAAAGCUGUUUGCACAUAAGUCAGACCUUAUCAGUUCCUUUCAAGAAUACGACCCGGAAAAUACAGGGCUGAUCUCUCUGGGCCACUGGGCCUGUGCCAUGGAGGCUGUGUUGAGGCUGGGUCUACCCUGGAGGGUGCUGCGGACUCAGCUAGUGGGAGACACUCUGGAUGGCAUGCUGGACUAUCAUCUCUGGUUCAGAGAACUGGCCAUCACCGAGCCCAACACAGAGCUCUCGAAUGCCAGUCUGCUUGAAACCAUGUAUAAGCACCACUCCAACCUGGAGACCAUCUUCAGGAUCAUAGACACAGACAACUCAGGUCUGAUAUCGUUUGAAGAGUUCCGUCAGACGUGGAAGCUGCUUAGCUCCCAUCUGCAGACAGAGAUCAGUGACGAGGCCAUCAGUGACCUGGCCGUCUCCAUCGACUUCAACAAAGACGGCAGCAUAGACAUCAACGAGUUCAUGGAGGCCUUCCGGCUAGUGGGAGGAGACCUACUGCAGAAUGAAGGUGACCCCCACUGACACAUCUUCAAACUGGAAUCUACUCAUUGCAAUCAAUGGUCAACAGUACCAUAGGAGGGCUUCCAGCCGACCUACUGCAACAACAGACAUGAUAAAGCACUUCAAGAGGAAAUACAGUAUAUUACUACCAACUGGAAUCUACCCAUUCAAAUCAAUGGCCUAGCCCUGGAGGGGGGUCAACAGUAUGAUCGGGCGAGGGCUUCCAGCAACCUGCUGCCACAUGAACAGUAGUCUUGCUUGCCAGCCUCACGGUGCUUCACCAUGCUGCGGGGAGGGACUACAGGAAUGCUAGUGAAAAAGGAGGGGGAUGAACCUCUUGAGUUUGAGUUUAUUUCUCUGAUACCCACUUCUAGAGAAAAUAUACUACAAACUGGGAAUCUACUUAUUCCAAUCAAUGGACGCAUCUCCAAAAGGACAGAUAUUUAGAACCAAUGAAAAAAGAUUGAAAAGAUUUUGGGGCAUAUUGAUUAUUCAUACAGGCCUCUCUCAAUAGGUGACCAUAAUAAUAUUAUGACCUAAGGAAAUAUUGAUUCUAUAGAUAAACUAUACAGCCAUUGGCUAGUCAUUGUGUGAGAAACCCAGACAGAACACAGGAUAUGGAUUUGCAAAGCAUUCGUUUUAGAAAUGGUGCCUAUGCAUGUGUAACAGAUUAAGACUGUACCGGAUAAACUCACCAACAGACUAAAAUGUUGCCAAUGGUGCCAUUGAAUCAGAUCCUUUUCAGUGUAACAACUGGUUUGUAAUGUUGUCAAGCGGCAUUCAUGGGAGACAGAGGACCCUGGUUCAAGCCCAGUCAGAGGCAGAUUGAGGGAGAAAACAAA